UUAUUUUGCAAAAGGUGUCCAAGCAAUAUAGUACCACAAAAUUUAACACACAUAUCAGAAUUCCAUCUACUGGGACUCUCAAAUGAUCCAGACCUGCAGCCCAUCCUCUUUGGACUGUUCCUGUCCAUGUACCUGGUCACAGUGCUUGGGAACCUGCUCAUCAUCCUGGCUGUCAGCUCUGACUCUCACCUCCACACCCCCAUGUACUUCUUCCUCUCCAACCUGUCCUUGGCUGACAUCUGCUUCAUCUCCACCACAGUCCCAAAGAUGAUUGUGGACAUCCUAACUCACAGCAGAGCCAUCUCCUAUGUGGGCUCCCUGACACAGAUGUCUUUCCUUAUCAUUUUUGGAUGUAUGGAUGACCUACUUCUGACUGUGAUGGCCUAUGACCGGUAUGUGGCCAUCUGUCACCCACUGCAUGACCCAGUUAUUAUGAACCCUCACCUCUGUGUCUUCUUUGUUUUUGUGUCACUUUUACUUAGCCUUCUGGAGUCCCAGUUGCACAAUCUGAUCAUCCUACAGUUUGCCUACUUCAAGAAUGUGGACAUUUAUAAUUUCUGCUGUGAACCUGCUCAAAUCCUUAAUCUUGACUGUUCUGAUUCCUUCAUCAAAAACAUAGUCAAAUAUUUUGUUGGUGCUAUAUUUGGGCUUUUUCCCAUCUCAGUAAUUCUCUUCUCUUACUAUAAGAUUGUUUCUUCCAUUCUGCAAAUUCCAUCCCCAGGAGGGAAGUACAAAGCCUUCUCCACCUGUGGGUCUCACCUCUCAGUAGUUUGCUUAUUUUAUGGAACAAGUGUUGGAAUGUACCUUGGGUCAGCUGUUUCACAUUCUCCCAGAAAGGGUGUGGCUUCCUCAGUGAUGUACACAAUUGUCACCCCCAUGCUGAAUUCCUUCAUCUACAGUCUGAGGAACAGGGACAUUAAAAAUUCCCUAAGGAUGUUGCACAGUGAAAAAGUCUAUGUCAGGACCUGA